GUCAGGGAAGAAAACAAAUCCUCGCGCGUGAUAAUGUUCAAGAGUGUUUUUCUCCGGAUUCACCGCUCACCCGUAGUGAGUCAAUACCGUUACCUGCCCAGGAAAACGCGCUGGCAAAAUCCCGGUGUCGAUGGACGGAUUGAGAUGUUGCGUGAGGAGAGAGACACCGAAAUAAGGCCAGAAGAUGUGGAGGAAGAUUUGGAAAGUGACUUCAUGAAUGCUGGUCAGAUGUACGGGAAGUAUAAGGCCGAAGAGCGCUGGCAGCGGGAAAAGCUCGCCCACUGGAUCACGGGGGACAAGUACUUCAAGAGAAAGCAACUCAACUUCCUGACAUGGUCUGAGAAAGAGCAGAUUCGCUUCCUGCAUCGUGAAUCGCCAUCAGAAUGGUCAGCUGAGAAGUUGGCUGAUAGUUUCCCCGCUGACAUUAUGACAAUCCGGAAGAUUAUCAAGUCUGCCUGGCUUCCUGCUGAUGAGAAGCGGAUUCUGAGGCACGAUGAACAUGUGCAGAGAAACUGGAAGGCCUUCCAGGAGGGAAAACUGAAAGACAUGAGUGACGAUCUGAAGGAACAUCUUCAGAAAUUUGCUCACCGGAAAUUUGAUACCAGUGCCACACCGAAAGUUCAUCUCCAGAGCACGAGUGAGAGUGCGUUGAAGCUGCCGGUGGGAGAAUUCACCAGAAUCCUAACAAGUUGUAAAGCUUACGCGCAGAUUGAAGGGAAACGGGAAGAGAAACCUAAAGUGAAAGCUCUCGAAGAUGGUGAGAAACAGGAAGAAAAAAUGCCAUUUCGGGGAGGUAAAGAAAUUACUCUUGACAAACUGAAGCGACUUGAAGGCGAUAGCAAUGCCUUAUCCCAGCCAGAGCCUGAAAACUCACCUGAAGUUCCUGCGAUUCCCAUGUCCGGGGAUAAAAUGGAGAUUUUCAACGUGAAGAAGUACAAUUCUGCUCCAGCGAUUAAUCAUACAAGCACUCUCCGCGCAAAACAACCGGACAUUCGGCAGAGGAUUUACAUCCCGAAGCAUCUCUGGAAGAGAGGCGGCACGUACAAACUGGGCGAUUGCUUCUACGACGACGAUGGGGAGUUUCUCUACAGAGUUCCCGGAAUGACAGGGCAAUAGUGAUGUUAGAAAUACUUGGGC